AAUCAAUAUGGCCGUCUAGUAGUUAGGAAUCAAAGCAGCAUCAUGAAUGAAAAAUAUAAAUCCGUAAGUGUCAUGAAUUCAAUUAUCGAUCGAAUAUCAAGUAAUUUGAAUGAAAAAGAAGUUAAAUUAUUGACUGUUUUGUCUGGAACUGUUCUUGAUGAUAAAACAAUUCGGAAAGUUAAAACUGCUAGAGAUUUGUUCCUCGCUUUGGCAAAUGGUGGCUAUUUUGAUGAAUCUAACUUCACAAGUCUCUUUGAACUGUUAAGAGCAGUAAAACGUCAUGAUUUAUUUCAUUUAGUUCAUUUGCAAGGAAAAACAGAAGCCACCCUUGAUCCAGUUGAAGAAUACCUCAAACACUCUCAUGUACCUCAUAUAAAAGAAGAUCCUGAAGAUGAUCUUCCAUCGGUCAGACAAGCACUGUGGAUAAGUGGAAAUAGCGCCUCAGGAAAUUCUUCAAGGACUGUUGCAGUGAAUAAUUCAAGCAAUGAACAGCCAAAUAAAAGAUUGCGGCGUAGUCAACGUAUUGUUUGCAAUAACAGUAAUACUGACAGUGCUUCAAGAUGUGUAUCUAUGACUGCACUCAAGAAAAAAUACACCUGUGAUGUCCGCCUCAGAGUUCGUGCAGAAUACUGCAAUUAUCAGACUGUUCUUCUGGGCAAUGUUUCUUCUUUUAAACCAGACCCUGUUGAACGGGAGCUGGAAUGCUUUUCUCAAGCAAGUGCCAUUUUAAGAGCUCGAGACCUGGGCUAUAUUGUGUGUGACAUAAAAUUUUCCGAAAUAACUUAUCUUGAUGCAUUCUGGAGGGAUUAUCUGAAUGGUUCUUUACUUGAAGCCUUGAAAGGUGUAUUCAUAACAGAUUCCUUGAAGCAGGCUUUUGGAAAUGAAGCUAUUAAAUUACUUGUGAAUGUUGAAGAAAGUGACUAUGAAAAAGGUCGUUCUAUUCUCAUCCAAAAUUUACAUCUGUAACUGUGAAUAAGUUUUUUUUACAAAGCAUAAGUUUGUUAUAUUUCUUGAGAUAUGAUGUUUGGUUUUUCAACUUAUCAGCUUUGUAAAUUUGCGAUAAUUGCAUAUGUUGUAUUUUUUGAGUUUAUCUAAAAAGAUUUAUAUAUAACUGAGGAAAUUGUUUCAAUGUAUUUUGAAAGUUUAUCUCAAUUUCUACAUAUUUUCAUUGAUUUCUUCUAUUAAGUUUUGGGUCUUCAUGAAGAUGGUUUCAGUCUGGUGACAACAUGCUUAGUACAUUGUUCUGAUGAUCAAAAGAAAUAUUUUCAUUUUUAAAUCUUUGUGAUACAGAUGUUAUCUCCUAUUGUGAAUUGGUUUACAAUGUUUCUAUAUUUUUGACUUAUCAUUUCCAUCAAUUAUCACAAUUUAAUCUGUCUCAAAAUGUUGAUUUUGUUACUUAAUUUUCAUUUAUUGUCUAAAAGUAAGGAAUAAAAAAUACUUAGCUUAAUUUGUUGAACAUAGUCUACCUCAGGAAUUAAAAAAUAUUGAGAUAGAUGUAAUUCACUCUUUCAUCUCUUUGUUAUUGUUGUGCAUUCAAAUGUCAUUGUAGAUUUCUAGUAAAAUAUGUCCCUUGAAAUUGUUAACGAAUUAUACAAUAUAUCUGGAUACCUCUUUACUUGAUUGCCUACUUCAAAAUAACUCACUACCUCAAUUAAUUUCAGAAUUGCCAAUUCAUGCCUUAUUGCAUGUUUUAUUUUUAUUAGUUUCAUUUUUAAUGAUAGAAUGAAAUUGCAAAAUGCAGUGAAUUAUUUUUGAAACAUUUGACAGCUAAAAACAAAAAUUACUUUUGUCUUAAUUAUGGCAAGUUCAAAAUAAUUUAUAGCGUUAAAGUUGGAGCUGUUGUAGUUAAGUGUUUUUAGCUCAUGAAGUAACUAAUGAGUUUUCUAUGUUUUUGAACUCAAGAAUUAAUGUGCCAUUCUUUACUCUAAUUUGAGUAACAUUGAGCUUUUAAUUACUUGCUAUUUAAUUAUCCGACAAGUAAUUUAUUAACAGAAGUUGUUAUGAAAUAAUAUCUGCACAUCUCUAAUUUUUAAAGUGGAAAAAAAAAGGCAAACUGGGUUUCUUUAAAACAUGGAAAACAUUGAAAAGAGUGACUUUAUCAACCAAUGCAAAAUGUUCUGAUCAAAUAAAAAUGACAAAAGCUCAUGCUAAAGGUAUCUAUAACUAUUCGAAUCUGCAUAUGUUUCUGUUUUCGGUGACAGCUUUAAACUUUUGAAUAUCAAUAAGCAUGUCCCACUUUGUUUGUGGAUUUUUUUAAAAGUUGUUGCUCAAGAAUUACAAAUGUAAUGGUAAAUAAUUCUGUAAAUUGUUUAAUAAAUUGACUAAUAAUAUUUUUUAAACUUGGAAAGUAACAAAAUCAUCUGCUGUUAGUAUCACAGGGUUAACAUGCAACAUUUCUUGUACAUUUAAUUACAUUGAAGAAAACAAUUUUGUGAAUAAUUUUCAAAAUUAGUUAAAAUUAGUUUGAAGCUUCUGGUCAAUUCCCCCCUUCCCCCUUUAAAUGUAAAUUGUAAUUAAAAAUAGACUCAUAAAAGAACUGAAUAAUUGAAUCAGCAAUCAAGUACAAAGUAAAAGUAUAGCAAUUGGGCGCCAACUUUCAAACAAAGAACAUUUUGUCCUCAGAAGUAACUUAAAAUUUUGGUUGAAAAAAUAAUACAAUCGGACCUUAAUUUAACGAAAUCAUAGGCACCGAAACUUUUAUAGGUAAAAUCGGGGUGCGAAAAAAUUUUCAUUCGUCUUAUCUGAAAGCCCUAUUAAGCAGCUGCAUAAAAAAAGCCGUAGUUAGAAAGUGUACACUUUUUAUUCAGCAUUCCAUGACUUCUUACACACUAGAUAAUUUGAAAUUUUAAAGUACUGAGUAAUAGGUGUUUGACAAUUUCCUUGAUAAUUGACUUGAAAUAGUUCUCUUUCAACUCUAUGGAGAGAAAAAAAAUUACUGUGUCAUUUAUAGCCAGCUGCAGAAGAUAUGAUUUUACAGUUUCCAGGCCAUGUAAAGCAUUGGAAAAAGUAACUGUUAAUUGGAGUAUAAUAAUCACUAUUCAUUGGUUGCCCUCUUGCCCGUCAAGCAUUUCUAAUUUCAGAAAAGGUCUUUUUCUACUUCGGACAAGAUGGAUGUAUCAUUUGGAAAACAAUCCAGUAUUUCCAAACUCAAAUUAACAAAAAAAGAAAAAAAUCGGCUGUUAAAAUAAUUUGUUAAUUUGGGGUUUAUUAUUCGUUAAAUUGGGGGUUUUUGCCUUCAUUUUACUCGGGGGGGGGAGAGAAAAAUUUGCUAAAUCACGAAAUUCGUUAAAUAGAGGUUCUUUAAAUUGGGGUCCGACUGUACUUCUAUAAGUUAAUGCAAAAUUUUAGGCAUAAAAAAAUCUUGAUGCAUUUUUUAUGACCUAUCAUUGAGUUAUAGUUUUAUUUUUAGUUUGAUAACUAAAUAUUAUAAAACUCAUUACUCUUUUCCUUUUCUUCUGGAAUAUGUAAAUACCGUAAAAUCCCUCUAAUGCGGACACUAACAGGACAUAUUUUUUGUCCGCAGUAGAGGGGUGUCCUCAGGAGAGAGGUUUAAUAAUAUUAUUUGCAUUUGAACUGGGGAAUUAAAAAGAUUGUCAGCAUAAGAGGGGUGUCCGUUAGGAGGGGUUUUACUGUAUGUGCAAGAUAUAAAACCCUUUCCUUAUUCUAAAAGCUUGAAAAAAUGGUUCCAGGUUUACUGGUUUGGGGGUCCUUUGUCUAUCACUGGAUCAUGUAAAACAUUUAUGUGUGCUUUUUUUUAUUUAAGGAACACAGGCUUCGGAGACUCUCCCACACAUUUGCCUUGGAGUUGUAAUUUUAAAAGCGCAGUUUUAGUAUACAGGGUUCGUACGGGUCAUGAAAAUCCUUGAAAGUCAUGGGAAAAAAAUAAACUAAUUUCAUACCUGGAAAAGUCAUGGAAAACAAAUAUUUUCAUAAAAAGUCGUGGAAAUUUAUUUAAAGUCAUGGAAAAAUAUCUUGGGUAGUAAGAAAGUAACAAUAGUUAAAAUAGCGCUAAAAAUACUGUGUGAUUUAGUAAUAUUGCACGUAAAUUGAACAAUCUCAAAAACAAACCAGAGUUUUGUAAUCCGAUUUCAUCUGCUUCUGUAACAGCCGAUUUUUUUAAAUAUGAUUUUCCUUCUGAGGCAUAACUAACUUUGAAUUCACCAUUAUUUUCAGCACUUCUUAUAUUUUGUAUUCUGGAGUAGUGAACUUACACAUUCUUGAUUUUGCCACGCCCCCUAAAAAAGUGUUGUUCAAUUGCAUCAGAGUUUGUUUCAACUACUUGUAAAAGAUCAUUAUUAAACUUAUCAGAGUUUAUCUCAACAUUUUGAAGGCUUUAGAAAAUGAAAACUUUAGUCAUGCAAUAAAACACAGAGGUAGGGGAAUUCUAAUACUCUAAAACAGUGGUGCCCAACAUGCAGUUCGUAAAACUGAUCCUUGUGGCCAGCUGAAAUAUCUGGUUUAGAAAAAUGAAUUUACUGAAAAACGUGGCUUUACUUUAGUGAACGAAAAUACUGUCAAGUAACAUGUAUGCUUAGAUGUUCCGUUGAUACCAAAGGGCACUAAACUAAAUUUACUAUUAGAAUUUUAGUCAUGACUCAUUCAAUUUUUGUCCCAUUUAUUACUAUUCUGCCCUAUUUAUUAAAUGUUUUUCAGACAUUUAAACAUCAGUUGUAUUGCAUUCACUAUAUUUUUACUUUACGUGAAUAUAUAUGAUAAAGACAAAUAAGAAUAACUUAUUAGUUUCUGUAGUGUGCACUGAUAAUUUUUCAGUCACUAGUUAGUGGCAUUUCACAUAAAAGUUUUUAUAAAGCCCAUUUCCGAAAAUUGGCAAGUUUGACAUUAAAUGCUACUAUAUUCUUCGUGUAACAAGAUCAUGAACAUUUUUAUGAAGUCAUGAAAAAGUCUUGGAAAAGUCAGGGAAAUUUUUAUUCCAGAUUGGGUAUGAACCCUGAGUAUAGUUUUGUCAACGUUUGGAGAAUGGGAAGGAGGAUCAAGUCUCUCUCCUGGUAAUUCUUCGAAGCUAAAGUCUAAAAAAUAAUGCUAACGUUUGGGCUGUCUUUGUAUCUUGAACGAAACUUGUGUUUUUAAACGCAAUUUUUGACCAUCUUUUGCCCGUACUGUUGAGGCAUGGCAAAUCCGCCACUCUGAAGAAAUUUUUCUUUUCUUUUUUAUGUAAAUAGUAUUUUUGUAGAACUAAUUGAAAUACUUUAAAAACUACAAAAAUAUUUCUGAUUUUAUUAUGUGCAUUUUUAGCCGUUCAAUGUUUAAAAUAAGUUUCAUAAAAGAAAAAUUUGGCAAAAAGUAAACUGAAAUGAAUUAUUUGUCGAAGACCAUAUUUUAAUUUGUAUCCACAUAAAAAGUGUCUGCUUUGGACUGAUUUUUGCACAUGCUAAAUGCAAGACAAUAUGUAGAAAAUGCCAGUAGAUUUUUGUUAAUGAAAGAAAUUUCUAUCUUUAUCUAUGGGCCAAUAUUAAAGCUUCUUAACAAACUUCAAAACUUUACUUUCCGAAAUUUUGACUCUCUGUAAGAACUGUAAGUAACUUUGAAUCAGUUUAGCAACAGUAAAAUCAAUGUCUUGUUUCUAAGUUCCAAAAAAAAAUAAAAA